AUGGUGCAAAUCACCCAUUCACUGGCGCUGCUAUCUAGUAUUUUGUUGACCUUGAAUCAAACUUUUGCCUCUGCUUCCGUUGUACCGAGGUCAUCGUGCAAGAACCCUAGGAUCAGAAAAGAAUAUGGCUCGCUCUCCUCGACCGAGAAGAAAGCUUACAUCUCCGCUGUUAAAUGCCUGCAGAGCAAGCCAUCAAAGUUCCCCGCUGGCGUGGUUCCAGGCUCAAAGUCUCGAUUCGACGAUUUCGCCGCUGUCCACAUCAAUCAGACAACUUCAAUUCAUCUUGACGGCAUCUUUCUGGGCUGGCAUCGCCAAUUCGUCUGGCUUUGGGAGACUGCACUUAUUCAAGAAUGUGGCUACACUGGAGCACAACCAUACUGGGACUGGCCCAAAUGGGCUCACAAUCUCUCUGCUAGUCCCCUGUUUGAUGGCAGCGACACAUCUCUGGGCGGAGAUGGCUAUUAUGAUGGAAGCUUUGACUUUUAUGUUGUCGGUGUCAAACCUGAUGGAUCACUGGACACUGUUCCUCGUGGCACAGGAGGCGGCUGUGUCAAGAGUGGUCCCUUCAAGGAUGUCAUGGUUAACUUGGGGCCAUUCGAAUUCACUCUGGUCUUUACGGGGCUUCCCUCCACCUGGACCCAAUACAAUCCGCACUGUCUGCUGCGCGAUCUCAACCAGUUUUGUUCAGAAAGGACAAAUCAGACUUAUGUUGAUGCCGCAUUAGCUUCUGCGACAAUCGCCGAUUUCCAAGACGCCCUCUCCUCGGCUACUUCACGACUGGGUGUCCAUGGCAAUGGUCAUUUUGCCCUUGGCCAAAGCUUGCAGGAUUUCUUCGCCAGCCCACAGGACCCAGCCUUCUUCCUUCAUCAUGGCCAAAUAGAUCGAAUUUGGUACCAAUGGCAAGCGAAAGACCUCUGGGUAAGAACCUAUGGGGAUAAUGCUCUCAAUGGAACAAGUACAAUCUUCAAUUCGGACGCGACGCCAGAAGUCACGUUGGCGACGACAAUGGAUUGGGGUAUUUUGGGAGGAGAGAAGUCUCUUGGCGAGUUGAUGAGCCCCAGCACGUUUGACCUUUGCUAUCAAUAUCGGUAG